AUGGAUGCCAACACCGCCAAAGAAGUGCUCCACGAUCUCUCUCCGCUCAUCAAAGUCUACAAAGAUGGCUCCGUAGAGCGGCUCAAGGGCACCUCCCACGUCCCUCCGUCGCUGGAGGACCAAACCACCGGCGUAGCCUCUAAAGACAUAAGCAUUUCACCGGAGGUCAAAGCCAGAUUAUACCUCCCAAAGCUGACAGACCCGGACGAAAAACUCCCCGUUUUAGUCUACUUCCAUGGCGGUGCAUUCGUCGUCGAUUCUCCCUACUCUUCCCUCUUCCAUCCUUUCACUAACAUAUUAGCCGCCGAAGCAAAAGCUUUAAUCAUUUCCGUUGACUACAGGCUCGCCCCUGAACACCCUCUGCCUAUAGCCUAUCAAGAUUCGUGGACCGCCCUUCAAUGGGUGGCUUCGCACGUUAUUGCUGAUACUAGUAUCGUAAAGGAUCCAUGGAUUACUAAACAUGGCGAUUUUGUUAAAUUAUAUGUUGGCGGUGAUAGCUCCGGAGCCAAUAUAGCACACAAUAUUGUUCUCCAAGCUGGGGUAGAACCUUUGCCUGGGGAUGUCAAAAUCUUGGGUUUAUUUCUAUCCCAUCCUUUCUUCUGGGGAUCAAAGCCAAUUGGAUCGGAAUCAAAAGAGAAUUUUGAUGGACAGCACUUGGCUAAUAGGGUUUGGUCAUGUGUUUAUCCAUCGGCACCUGGCGGGAUUGACAAUCCAGUGACCAAUCCAUUUUCCGAGGAUGCGCCAAGCUUGUCCGGGCUGAAGUGUUCGAGGGUGCUGGUUUGUUUAGCAGAGAAGGAUCUUAUGACGCCAAGAGGGAUUCUUUAUGCUGAAACUGUGAAGAAAAGCGGGUGGAACGGUGAAGUUCAGCUGGUGGUGGUUGAUGGAGAAGAUCAUUGCUUCCAUUUAAUGGAUCCUCAUACUGAGAAAGCAAAGGAUUUGAUUAAGCAAUUGGCUUCUUUCAUUUCAUAG